AUGAUGCCCCGCCGACGGAGCCGUUAUGUGAUUCUUGUCGCUGUUGUGAUGGUCUUUAUGCUGUAUCAGGUCUUCAAAAAUCCUGAAUGGGAUUCCACAGGUCAAUCCAGCAGCAUCAAGCCCAGCGAACCCGAAAAGGGCCAAAACGUCCAUAAGGAUUCCUCGAAGCCACCCCCGGCCAACGAUCCCGCUUCCAACAAGCACCUCAACAACCAGCCGCCCCCCGAUAGCGAACAUCCCCACGACCAAGAGGAAGACGAGCCUGAGCAGAACCCUCAGAAGCAGACGGCCAAGCCCACUGUCAAGAUUCCUCAGCUCAAGACGGAGAAGGCCAAGGCGCCCACCAACACUCUCUCUGGCCCUACCCUUUCCAUCCACGCCUACAAUGACGAGGUAGAGGCCACCAAGUCGCCCGAGGUCACCAAGGCGCCCACAAAGCCUCUAGAGUUGGAAGAGGACCUCCAUGCCAAGAAGCCUCCCGGCCGACCCAACUUUGAUAUCGCCGAGAGCCUGUCGACCUCGACAUCACAGAUCCACUGGCACAAGGUCUCCGAGCACUUCCCCGUUCCAACGGACGAGAUUAUUCCCCUCCCCACCGGCAAGCCCAAGGACAUUCCCAAGAUCCAAUACGACUUCAAGCCAGAGUCCGAGGCUGCCAAGGACAAGCGCGAAAGGCGCCUAGCCCUGAUCAAGGCUGAAAUGCUACGGUCCUGGGGCGGAUACCGUAAGUACGCUUGGAUGCACGACGAACUUUCGCCUGUCAGCGGUCGUAACCGCGACCCCUUUUGUGGCUGGGCUGCUACUCUCGUAGACGGUCUUGAUACGCUCUGGAUUAUGGGCAUGAAGGAAGAGUUUGCCGAGGCCGUCAAGGCCGUCAAGGAGAUCGACUUCACCUACAGCCCGACGCGCCGUGACAUCCCGAUCUUCGAGACCACUAUCAGAUACUUGGGCGGCCUCCUCGCUGCUUACGAUGUGAGCGGCGGUAAAGAGGGCGGCUACACUGUCCUGCUGGACAAGGCCGUUGAACUCGCCGAAAUCUUGAUGGGCAUUUUCGACACCCCCAAUCGCAUGCCUAUCUUGUACUACAACUGGAUGCCCGAGUAUGCUUCCCAGCCACACCGAGCUACGACCGUUGGCGUGGCCGAACUGGGUUCGCUAAGCAUGGAGUUCACACGCCUUGCCCAAUUGACCGGUAAAGACAAGUACUACGAUGCCAUCGCUAGAAUUACCGACGCUUUCGAGGACCUCCAGAACCGUGGCACUACUAUUGAUGGCAUCUUCCCUGAACAGCUGGACGCCUCUGGCUGCAACAGGACCGCUGAAGCCAUUAUUUACCAAGAGGAACAAGCUGCGGCUGCUAGUGCGAGUGCGGCCGCUGCUCGGUUGAGCGAGCCCCAGGGCCACGAGCCUGCGGCUGCUGAGGCCAAGCGCGACGAAACUGAUCCGAUUUUGCCGCAGGAAACUGCUGUGGCCAAGGGCAACGGCAGUGAGCCGGAACGCAACCCACUCGCGAGGCGGGCUGUUGGUGUCGACAAGAAUGGCGAGUCUGUGGUUGAGAAUGCAAACAUCGAUAACAAGCAGGCUUUCCCGGCACCCAAGGUCAACGAACAGCCCUUGUACCCCGGUAACAGUGGUCGGAGGCCAUCUACUCCUACGACACCUGACAAAUCUUCAUGGGAAUGCAUCAAGCAAGGGCUUGCCCCUGGUGGUUGGGGAUACCAGCAGUAUAGCAUGGGUGGUAGCCAAGAUUCCACCUACGAGUAUUUCCCCAAGGAAUAUCUCGUCCUUGGCGGUCUGGAGCAAAAGUACAAGACGAUGCACAUCAAGACGGUCGAGGCUGUGAAGAAGUGGCUUCUCUACAGGCCUAUGGUUCCCAAAGAAAGGGAUAUCCUCUUCUCGGCCAAGGUUUCGACAUCUGGCGACCCCGAAAACGAUCUGCGAACUGAGUAUGAAGUUACUCACCUCACCUGCUUCAUUGGUGGCAUGUUUGGUCUGGGAGGCAAGAUUUUUGACAGACCCGAUGAUAUUGAGAUCGCCAAGAAGCUCACUGACGGAUGCGUCUGGGCGUACGAGACUAUGCCCUCCGGUAUCAUGCCUGAAGGAGCCUCUGUCGUGCCCUGCGCGUCUACCAAGAGCUGCCCGUGGAACGAGACUCUUUGGUGGGAGCACCUCGACCCGUCAGCUGACUGGCGUGAGGCACAGGUCAAGGCGUGGGAGGAUAGGCAACGUGAGAAGAAGCAGCAAAAGCAGCAGGACGCCCUCCGUAAGCAAACCACUGAACGAGGCAACAAGCCUGUUGAGAAGUCAACCGAAGAGACAGUCCAGUCCGAGUCACCCGUCGAAAAGAAGGACCCCCUCGACGAUAUUCACGUUCCCAAGGAUGAGCCGAAGAAGCUAGGCUCAGCUGAGAAAACCGAGUACCCGGCGCCUGAGCCUGGCCUGAACAAGUCCCCUUCCAACGUUGAUGAGCACCUUUUGAAGAAGAGAGAUCCUGCUCCGCCAGUGUCUCAAGACCCUCGUAAGGGCACUGCUCAGGAGGCCGCCAGCAACACUCUAAAGGACAAGCUCGACCUGAACAACCCUGGAAGUGCCACCGACGAUAUCACCGGCAGUGUCCCCAACGAUGCACCCGUCAGCGGUGGCAUCGUGGGCAAGAUCGCGUUCGAGGAGGAGGGAGAGGUUCCCGAUCCGAAGCCGCUCUCGCAUGAGGAGUGGGUCAAAGACAAGUUAGAGCUCGAGAAGAUCCCGCCUGGCUUCGUCAACAUCAACGCCAGGCGCUACAUUCUUCGUCCAGAGGCUAUCGAGUCCGUGUGGUACAUGUAUCGCAUCACUGGAGACCCUGUAUGGCAAGAGAAGGGAUGGAAAAUGUGGGAGGCCAUCAUCAAGGCGACUCGUACCGAGCACGGCAACAGCGCCAUCGACGACGUCCUGUCUGAAGAUCCUCAACCUGUAGACGAGAUGGAGAGCUUCUGGAUCGCCGAGACGCUGAAGUACUUUUACCUCUUGUUCUCAACUCCCGAUGUCGUCAGCUUAGACGACUGGGUCCUCAACACCGAGGCGCAUCCGUUCAAGCGUCCUGUUUGA